GCCCGCGGCUGCGACUUCGUGCUGCCCUCGCGCUUCAAGAAGAGGCUCAAGGCCUUCCAGCAGGUUCAGACGAAGAAGGAGGAGGCCCGGCCGCCGGCCGCCAGCCAGAGCAUCCCCACCUUCUACUUCCCCCGGGGCCGCCCGCAGGGCACGGCCGACAGCGACGCCAUCAUCGCCAGGAUCGAGAGCACCUUCGCCCAGUUCCCGCACGAGCGGGCCACCGUGGAGGACAUGGGCAAAGUGGCCAAGGUGGGUCCCACGGCUGGCGCGGCCUGUUCAUGGCUGUGCAUCCUCACAGCCGGGCGGGGUCUGAGUCCUGCCCGCGUCAGGCCUUCAGGCCAACACGCAGGACCUGCUGUCACACUGUGCGCCCGUCGUCUUGGGGUUGGGCUUUCCUUCCAGCCGCGUGUGUGUGGCUCAGGGUCACCGUGUGGACGUGCGGACACAGCAGGUUCUUUAGCGUCUGCGCGCCGUCCCUGGAGGACUCACGGCCCCUCCUGCUGGGCGGGCGGUGAGGACGGGCAGGCGCGUGGACGCCCAGCAGUGAGGACAGGCCGCCCUCUGCCCAGGAUCCUGCAGAACUGCCACGACGAGGCCACGCGGUUCGUGCACCUGCUCAUGAGCCCGGGCUGCAACUACCUGGUGCAGGAGGACUUCGUCCCCUUCCUGCAGCUCCCUGAGAGCUUCUGGGGUCCCCUGCCCCCCCCCCCGUGGGAGGCCGUGCCUGGGACCCCAGCCCAUGCCCGGGUGUGUCUGCAGAACGUGGCACUGCUGGAGGAGGAGGCGGACAUCAACCAGCUGACGGAGUUCUUCUCCUACGAGCACUUCUACGUCAUCUACUGCAAGUUCUGGGAGCUGGACACUGACCACGACCUGCUCAUCGGCCAGCAGGACCUGGCCCGGCACAACGACCACGCCAUCUCCACCAAGAUGAUCGAGCGGAUCUUCUCAGGAGCCGUGACGCGGUACGUCUCUCGCAGGCGCGUUCCCCCGCGGUCGGGCCUCUCUCUGGGGUCGCGGGCCCGGCUGACGCCCGCCCUGGGCAGCAUCGAGUACUGGUUCCGCUGCAUGGACCUGGACGGGGACGGGGCGCUGUCCAUGUUCGAGCUGGAGCACUUCUACGAGGAGCAGAGCCGCCGGCUGGACUGCAUGGGCAUCGAGGCCCUGCCCUUCGAGGACUGUCUGUGCCAGAUGCUGGACCUG